AUGGAUUUGUCGUCAUAUGAGGAAGAUAUAUCACCGAUCCCUAGCUGCUCAAGAGUAGAAGUACAGCAAAGGUCUCGCCCAGACCUCAUACAACCAGAACCGAAACGCUUGAAGACGAUUAACAGGUUUGAAUGCAUACUCUACAGGGAGAAAUGGCACGCCAUCAAAUCUACCAAAGCUUUCUUCAACGAUAUCAAGAGUGUUGCGAAAUUGAUGCUAUUCCCAACUACCAAAGAAAACACAUGUCUUCCACUAGCAUGUGGCGAUGAACUUGCUUUUCUUGUGGAUACUUCGAAACUUGAAUUUGACCAGGACCUUACAUGCGAUGGGACCGGUAAGUACAAGAACUCCAAAAGAUAUACAUAUGAGCUAGUUGUGGAUAAUGACCAAAACAUCUUUUUGUUGAAAGAGGGUCCCAAGCCUGGCUCUCAGAGGUACACACUUAUUCGCAGAUAUUAUCCUCACAGAGAUACCCCUGGAUUUUUCAGAAUAAUAUACCAGCUACAAAAAGACGGAGUGUUGGAAUGUCCGAUCGCCUUAAUACGCUACGAAUGGAGAGGGCAGAAGACAGCCUUAACACUGACACCACAAGAGAAUUGUAAACAGAGUAAUAGUCCCUUCAUCCCACCACAGAAGGCUUCGAAUGAAGAAUUGAAAGAGCCUUCAAGUCAGUCAACACAGGGCAGACCUGAUGACAAGUUCCAAAAUCAGGAAACUACUGUGGGCAAUGAUGCAGCUGCAUCAUUGCAACGUGAUAGACAACAAAUCUACUCACAUUGUACAGCAGGGAAGAAACAAAUUGAUUUGAACAAAUUGGCUGAAAAGAAACAAUUUGUAAGAAGCAUCGAGAUCUCUAAUGAUAAAAUUGAAGGCUCUCAUCAAAGGUGUGUUGCUUACACAGACAAACAGAUCGAGGACAUGAAAAGAACUUGUACUGCGGGCAGUAGCAUUUCGUUUACUGGUCCAUUUGACCUUGGUCAAAUGUAUGUUACUGUUGCAUCGUACAGACAUCAUAACUUGAUGAAUAAACAAAAUGAAGAGAAUGUAAUCAUGCCUGGCCCAUUUCUGGUGCAUGAAAGAAGAGAUACUGAAACGUACCAGUACUUUGGAAACCAACUCUCCAAACAUCUGGGAAAUGAGCAAGUACCAUUCUUCAAGACAGAUGGAGAUAUAGCAAUGUACAAAGGCCUGGCAAGUUCACCAAGUUUUUCCAAUUCCAAGCAUCUGCUCUGCAUGAAGCAUCAUCGCAGAAAGGUUGAGAGCAAGCUUCAUGAACUUGGACUGCACAAAAACACUGCGCAAAUACUGAGAUCGAUCUUUGGAGAGCAAGUCGAUGAAAUACGUUACCAGGGACUGGCAGACUGUGAGAAUGACAAUGAGUAUGAAGAAGCCCUUCUACAUUCGUGUACCAAAUGGAACGGUCUAGAAACUGCAGAGACAGGAAGGGAUCCUGAAUUUGCGACUUGGUUCAUGCAACAUCAAUCACAAGAGGUCAAAGAGUGCAUGUUGAAGCCAGUUAGGCAGCAGACAGGAUUAGGAGACCCACGACGGGACGAGUGCGAAUGUAUGAACUCUCUGAUCGCCAAGGGGCUUGGAGGAAAGAAGUCAUGGAAUGAACUGGUUGAUAGCCUAGAAGACUUUGUGAAGUCGAAGUACACAGAAUUGGAAACAUCAAUCAGAGAAUCAGGCGAGAAAGGGUCAGUCAAUAAGCAUCUUGAAACAACACCACUGCAAUGGGCUCACAUGAACUCAGAGGAGAGAAGGGUACCACUUAAGAGCGCCGAUAUUAGUGCACCAGGACAGAAAGUUGAGGCGCUUUCAAUUUCUCCCGAAGAGAGUGGAAUCGAGGGACUUUUGCCGUACGAAUUGCAAGCUGUUUGGAGUAAGGCUGAGAAGAUCAUCGAUUGUAGUCGUAGCAUUGUUGACUUUCCAUCCACUAGCUCUCAAUACAUUUGCUUUGAUGAAAAGGAUUUCUUUAAGGUGUCAUGCCAGGAUGACUUCUUUGCUUGUGACGAGCAAUGCAGAUCAUUUCUACUACAUGAUCGUUUGUUUUGUGAACACACCCUGGCGGUUGCAGAACAAAAGGACAAAUUAGCAGACUACCUGUGCAGAAUAAAUGCUAAAAAGCAAUCGUCCUCUUGUAAUCAGACCAACGACGUUUCUUAGAAACAGUGCUCUGGGAAAGGACUGAAGAAGAGUACCUGUCAGAGAAGAGAUGGCAAGAACAUAGUUGUCAAAGGUUUAACGGCAGUUAUCCCCAAACACAUUCAGGAAGAGCCUUUUGUAAAGUUGAUGGCAUAAAACCCUGAUAUAGAUGUAGAUAGUAGUUUGGCCAGAAUAUGAAUGUGCUCCCGUAUGAUUGUGUGUUGAAAAAAAUGGAUAUCCGAGAGUUGGCGAACAGAAAGGCAAGCUUAGUCAUGCAACCAGAGGGACUUGUGCCAACGUAUUAUCAUUUGAAACGGGAUUUUUGAGAAUAAUCUAUCCUCAUACUAAAUUGAGGGAUAUAAUUGUGCAUGAAGAAGUUCUUGAGCAAUUGACAGCUGAAUACAAAGUUUUUCUGGAAAAUUAUUUUGUUCAAAUUGCCUAAAUUGCCAGCAUGGCACACAAUAAUGUAAAUACUUCUAAAGAGCAAUUAUUUGGUCGUUUGGAUUGUGUAUAUCUGGAAAACGUUAUAAUUGAUUGUUGAUAAUUACUGUGCAGAUGAUUGAAUACUAUUUCACAGAUAACUAGUAUCUUAACAUUGUUUACCCGUCAAUGCAUUUGUUCCAGUUGUUUGACUUAUCUCAUUGUACGUUACAUUACACGGUCAUCGUAUGUUUCCUCAGCAGUAGUAUUCAUUAUCUAGGAUCAUACUGUAUUAAGAUAAAGGAAGUACUCAUAAUUUCUUGGUCAUUGUUUCACCAGAAAUAUUCGACAUGGUUUAAAUGUGUUAUACUAUAAAGUAAAGGAGCAUUUACAUGUGAAGGUAAUCUGCAUUGAGAUAGAAGACAGAGCAAAAGAGGUGAAGAAAUGGAAAAGAAUGGUAAGAUGAUGACCAAAACUCGCUUGCGUAGAAAAUUUCACAGGCAUGCUUUCAAGAAUUGGUAGCCUGCGAGGUUUACAUGUUGUUUUCCAUCUCUAACUCUUAGUAAAAAAAAUAUAAUUAAUGUAAAUGAUGUUGACAUUAUUGCAGGUGGAAACUUUGAUCCUUAUCUGCCCAAAACGGCUGCAUGUUGUUAAUUCAUAUUGACUGUUUAAGUAAUGCAAUGUUCAUUUAGACACAACGGGAAAUUACAUAUUUGUGAUGACUCGCUAAGUUUGCAUGCUUCUUUUUUUUUCGGGCUUGACAGUAGGUCAUGAAUAUGUAUGUAUGUUGUAUAUAAAGUUUCUUGGACCUUAUAUCUGUUUAAGCUAUUCGUUGAUCGAUACUGGUAUUUAUUACCAUAACAAUUUGAGUAUACGUAGACUACAUAUACUAAUGUUGGUCUGUUAAUUAUACUAGAUUAUGUUCCAUACUUCUUCUGAGAUUUUCUUAACUUCUAUAUACUGGUCAACCUGUACGAUUUUAGGCAUUCUUGUCAGUGCGCUACUACAUGCUCUCACAUUUUGUUCUUUUCUCAGGUUUAUACUUCAUGGUUUCAGUUUUAUACCUACUAAACAUUUUAUGCAAUAGUUUUUGAGCCAGAAUUAAUUCCUCAUGUUUAUGUUCAGUAUCGUGUCAUUAACUAGUGUCACCAUACAUAUUAAUUUGAUUUCCUCCUUGUGCUUUGUUUUUGUUUGCUGGUUUGUUUAUGAAACGUUUUGUAUUUUAAUUACCUUCAUGCUAUAGUUUGCAGGUCUUCUGGAUGCACCAGUUGGUCAGGAAGAGGGACCAUUACGGUUACAGUGAUUUAGUUUGCUUUCCUCUUCCCUGGCAGCCAACUGAUGCACUCAGUGGACCUCCAAGAACAUAUGAAGUGACAUAUUUUGGCACUACAAAAAUGAUGUGUACUGAACUGUAAUUUUCCCUAUUGACUCGAUUUAUAUAUUCAAACAUGUAGUGCAUGUCUCUGUAAUGAUUUAAAGUUCAUAUAAAGUCAAGAGAUACCCUUUUCAGCUGUAAUGAUUAUAGUUUGUUCAUGCAUUACAAAUCCAUGGUUAUUAAUAUGUUCACUCAUUGCAGGCAUCCUAUCCAACGGAACAAAAGUACUUGUAUUGCAUAUGUGGUCUAGUUGUUCAAAAACUAUAGUGAGCUGUUGUUAUUUUAUUCAGUUUGAGUCUGAUGAUUCAGCAACUUUCAGAGAGCUGUAUAUAUUUUCAAAUUUAAAUGAAGUUAAUUUAUCUUCUAGACGUUUUCAUCGAUAAUUUUAUAUUUGAACAGUGUAUAUAGUGUGUAACUAAAAAUGAUACCCAACUUAAGUAGCGUAUGAUUGACAAGUCAACAUUUAUGUGACCUAAAUUUUUUAUUUCAUUUUAUAUAGGAACUAACUUUUCUGUCUAACGAUACCCUAUUCAUAUAUUUUGCAACGAAUGAAGGAGCAACGGUGUUUUUAAAUGUGCAGUCAAACUCUCCAUUUACCAAGUUUAAGCUGAUGCAUCAAAUGUGGGUCAUGCCAUAUGAAUGUUUGACUUUGGUCUUAAAUACCUUUGAAAGUAAAAUAUUGCUUCAGGCCUCACUAUUUCAUGCCAAUGAUAGGUAGUUUAAUAGUUUAUGCAUUUCUAGUAGAUUGUUUCUGAUUUAACAUGUUUUCCUCUUGUUUUGUGCGAUCUGCAAAUAAAUGGGAAUACAUGAUACAAUCA